CGUCCAGCAGCUGAUCGGUAAUCCAGAAGAAGUUUCCCCUCAGUUAGGGGGGAGCUCCGCUCUGAAGGAGGAGACUCCACAACCACCCUGCAUUAAAAAAGAAGAGGAGGAACUCUGCAUCACUCAGGAGGGAGAGUGUCUUCUAGGACGAGAGGAAGCUGAUUACACCAAGUUUCCACUGAGUAUUCUCUCUGUGAAGACUAAAGAUGAUGAAGAGAAACCACAAGUAGACAACCUCUUAGCUCCACUAUCAGAUAGUGAGGCUGAAGACGAGGUUGAAGUAACUUUGAGCAGCGACACAGACUGUGAAGGUGAUAUGAGGACUCACACUGACAACAAACACUCUGAAUGCUCUACAAAGAAGAAAAGUAAAAAUGGUUUCAGCUGCUCAGUUUGUGCUAAAAGUUUUCCUAAAAACAGCCAAUUAACUUAUCACAUGAGAACACACACAGGAGAAACACCAUUUACUUGUCCAUUUUGCUGUAACAGCUUUUCUCAAAAGAGCAGUUGGACCCGUCACAUGAAACUGCACACAGGAGAAAAACCAUUUAAUUGUUCUGUUUGCGGUAAAAGCUUUUCUCAAAAGAGCAAUUGGGCGUCUCACAACAGAACGCACACAGGAGAAAAACCGUAUAAUUGUUCAGUUUGUGGUAAAGGUGUUGCCAGAAAGAACCAUUUGACUGAACACAUGAGAAUGCACACAGGAGAAAAACCAUAUAACUGUUCAGUAUGCGGUAAAAGGUUUUCGCUACAGGGCAGUUUGACGCAACACAUGCGAACACACACAGGAGAAAAAAAAUUUACUUGUUCAGUUUGUGGUAAAAGCUGUUCUCAAAGCACCCAUUUGACUGGACACAUGAGAAUACACACAGGAGAAAAACCCUUUAAUUGUUCAGUUUGCUGUAAAAGUUUUUCUCAUAGCAGUGGUUUGAGUCAACACAUGAGAAGGCACACUGGGCAAAAAACUUUUAACUGUUCAGUUUGUCAUGAAAGCUUUUCUCUCAAGGGCAAAUACUCACAACACAUGAAAACACACGCUGGAGAAAAAAUAUACAGCUGUUCAGUUUGAAUAAAGAUGAAGUUAAAAGAAA